AUGGUUCCCGAUCUGACUUACAAGGCUCUUUUGCUUGGUGUUUUGCUUGUUGCGCUGGUGAUCGCCUACCAGCUGAAUGCCUAUUUCGCAAAACGAGUCGAUGCCACCGAUGACGCCAGCGACAGCGAAAGA